AUGGCGAGCACCCUGCAGCUGCAGGCCAUCGCGCUGGCCGUGCUGCUAUCGGCUCUGACGCCGGCGAUACCGACGACGUCGGCUCAGCGGCAGCCACCGCCGGUGGGUGUGGCGCGGCCGGGAUGCCGCGACAGGUGCGGCAACAUCACCAUCCCGUACCCAUUUGGCAUCGGCGCCGGGUGCUACCGCCACGACGUCCUCGGCGGCUUCCAGCUCAACUGCGACGACACCCGCUCCCCUCCCCGCCUCACCAUAUCCGACUACAGCAGCAUCCAGCUCGCCGGCCUGUCCCUCGCCGCCGGCGAGGCUCGGGCCUACCUCAACGCCACGCGCAAGUGCUACAACGCCACGGGGGGGUUCGUCGACCGGAACACCAACCCGUCGUACAUGUCGCUCGGCACCAGCCCCUACCUCUUCUCCCCGGCCAAGAACCGCCUGGUCGCGACCGGCUGCCCCAGCCUCGGCUACUUCGUCGACGGCAGGGAGUACUUCGUCAGCGGCUGCACGUCCGUGUGCCGGCCGCCGCAGUACGCCAUCCCGGGGCAGGGGUCCUGCACCGGCGUCGGGUGCUGCCAGAGCGACAUACCCCCCGGCGUCGACUACUUCCAGCCCAACACGCUGAGCUUGCAGCAGGCGCAGCUCGACCCGGCCUUCACCACCAACGUCGUCGUCACCAGGUGCCACUACGUGUUCCUGGUGGAGACGGCGUGGUUCCGCUACAGCGACCGCGCCUUCUUGAACCGGACCGACGACUUCGCCGUGCCCGUCGUGCUCGACUGGGCCGUCCGGAACGUCGGCAACUGCAGUGCCGCCAGGCGCAACGCCACGGACUACGCGUGCCGGAGCGCCAACAGCGGGUGCUUCGACAACAUCGGCAACGGCGCCGGCUACCGGUGCAACUGCUCCAAGGGGUUCGAGGGAAACCCCUACCUCGACGGUGGAUGCACAGACAUCGACGAGUGCCGCCGCAAAGACAGAUAUCCAUGCUACGGAGACUGCACAAACACGCCAGGAAGCUACAUUUGCGUUUGCCCUCCGGGAACCAACGGCGACGCCACCAGUCAGAAUGGCUGCCGGACCAAGGACAAGUUCACGCUAGCUCUCAAAGCGGUUACAGGUGUCAGCGUCGGAGUGUUCCUGUCAGUGUUCAUGUGCUUCUGGCUCUACCUGGGGCUCCAGAAGAGGAAGCUCAUCAGAACGAAGCAGAGGUUCUUCGAGCAGAACGGGGGUGUGAUCCUGCAGCAGCAGAUGCGGUCCUACAGUAGCGCCGGCGCCGGCGCCGGCGCCGGAGCAGGUGGGUUCCAGAUAUUCUUCAAGGAGGAGCUCGAGAAGGCGACCAACAACUUCGCCGCCGACCGUGUCCUCGGCCGCGGCGGGCACGGCAUCGUUUACAAGGGCGUUCUCGAGGACAAGACCGUGGUGGCCAUCAAGAAGUCCAAGAUGAUGGAGGAGGCCCAGACCAAGGAGUUCGCCAGGGAGAUGUUCAUCCUCUCCCAGAUCAACCACAGGAACGUCGUGAAGCUGCUUGGCUGCUGCCUCGAAGUGGAGGUGCCGAUGCUGGUCUACGAGUUCGUCUCCAACGGCACUCUCUACCAUUACAUCCACGACAAGGAUCUCAAGGCGGGCAUAACCUUCGACACCCGUCUCCGGAUAGCGGCAGAGUCGGCCGAGGCGCUCGCGUACAUGCACUCAUCUGCUUCGCCGCCGAUCCUCCACGGAGACGUCAAGACGGCCAACAUCCUGCUCGACGACAAGCUCACCGCCAAAGUUUCAGAUUUCGGAGCAUCCAAACUGGCACCCACAGAUGAGGCCGAGAUUGCAACCUUGGUGCAGGGGACUUGCGGGUACCUGGACCCUGAAUAUCUUAUGACAUGCCAGCUAACAGACAAGAGCGACGUGUACAGCUUUGGCGUUGUCCUGCUGGAGCUUCUAACCAGGAAGAAGGCACUCUACUUUGACGGGCCAGAGGAACACAGGAGCCUCGUGUCAUGCUUCAUGACGGCACUCAAGGCUGGCCGGCAUGGAGAGCUUCUUGACAGCCAGGUGAGGAACGAGGUCAGAGAUGAGGUGCUUGAAGAAAUUGCUCACCUCGUGAUGCAAUGCCUGAGCAUGAGCGGGGAGGAACGGCCGACGAUGAAGGCGGCUGCUGAAAGGCUGGAGAGGCUGAGGAGAUACCAGCAGCACCCGUGGGCUCAGGCUCAUGCCAAUCCGGAGGAGAGGCAGACCUUGCUUCCCGUGGAACAAAGGGAUCUUCCGGUAAUGUUCAGGCAGCAAGAGGUCCUCGAUCUUGAAGAUGGCAGCACAUAUACUUACAGUUUGUAGAUCAUAAUAGUUGUACCAUUCUUUUGGCAAAUCGGUUCAAGUAAGAUUCUUUCGGAUGUAAUAAUGAAAAAGGCAUGCACAUGUUGAGGAAAAUUAAACAGGCGGUUAAAAGAGUAAACAAAUUGCUCAACUUGUGUGAUGGGAAUUGAGUCCUUCAUGUAACUCCUAUAAGAUAAAGUAAUGUGGAGCAAAAGAGUUUCGAAAA